AUGUAUCUGGUGGAGAGCAAAGGUGGAGCCAUAGCUUGCAUGCUACUUGCCCUCUUCUUCUUGGGCACAUGGCCUGCUGUCAUGACUCUCCUGGAAAGACGUGGCCGUCUUCCGCAACAUACUUACCUUGAUUAUUCAAUCACGAAUCUCCUGGCUGCUGUAAUCAUUGCUUUUACGUUUGGUGAGAUAGGGAAGAGCACGCAUGAGGCACCAAAUUUCUUAACCCAACUUUCUCAGUUGAGUGGAAAUUGGCCUUCUGUGAUGUUUGCAAUGGCUGGUGGGGUGGUCCUCAGCCUUGGAAAUUUAUCUACACAGUAUGCCUGGGCUUUUGUUGGUUUGUCAGUGACAGAAGUCAUCACUGCUAGCAUCACUGUUGUUAUAGGCACAACCUUGAAUUAUUUCUUAGAUGACAAAAUUAAUAAUGCCAAGAUUCUUUUCCCGGGUGUGGGUUGCUUCUUGAUUGCUGUCUGCCUUGCUUCAGCUGUUCACUCGUCCAAUGCAGCUGAUAAUAGAGCCAAGCUCAGCUGUUUCUCAAAUGAUGACAAACUUGGAUCAGUGGUUAUGGACACUACCACAUCCAGAGAAGCUUUUCCAAAAAGGGAUAAGGCAAAAUUUGGGACAGCAGGCUUCCUUGUAGAGCUUGAGAACAGAAGAGCAAUCAAGGUAUUUGGGAAGAGUACUUUAAUUGGACUGGCCAUAACGUUCUUUGCUGGUGUUUGCUUCUCGCUCUUCUCACCAGCUUUUAACUUGGCAUCAAAUGAUCAAUGGCACACCUUGAAGGAAGGGGUUCCUAAGUUGGUUGUCUACACUGCAUUUUUCUGGUUCUCAGUCUCUUGUUAUGUACUGGCCAUCAUUCUGAAUGUUGCCUUCCUCUAUUACCCUGUGCUGAACUUGCCUAGAUCAUCAUUGAAGGCAUAUAUUAAUGAUUGGAAUGGCAGAGGCUGGGCGUUUUUGGCUGGUCUCUUGUGUGGGUUUGGGAACGGUCUUCAAUUUAUGGGAGGCCAAGCUGCAGGGUAUGCAGCAGCAGAUGCAGUCCAGGCACUUCCGCUUGUGAGCACCUUUUGGGGCAUACUUUUGUUCGGAGAGUACCGGAGAUCAUCGCGAAGAACUUAUGUAUUUCUUGUUAGCAUGUUGUUCAUGUUCAUUGUAGCUGUUGCGGUUCUUAUGGCAUCGUCGGGUCAUCGGAAAUGA